GCAGCCUUGCCGUGGGGCGGCCAGCGGCCCCGCGCAACCAACAUGGCUGCGGGUGCGAGGAGGCGCUCGGCGCUGAAGCCGCCUGGCUCCCGGCAGUCCCCUCCUUGCCCCGCGGCCCCCGGCCUGUAGCCAGGGGGUGGGGAAGCGGUUCGAGCAGCGGCUCGGGACUAGGGGGUGGCAGCUGCAGGGGGAGCAGCCGCCUUUAUCUCCAGCGCCUGCCGCAGGCGGAGUCUGCCCGGCGGAGAGCAGGGAGGCGGCCGUGGGGAAGUUAGGCGGCCGGUCGGCGCUGCGGGUGUCGGGUGGGGGGAGAAGAGCCGCAGCCUGUGCCUGAGCCCGGGUCUGUCCUGGUGGAGAGGAGCCCGCAGCCUCUGUCUGGGUCUCAGCCCCAGGAGUAGCCAGAGGCGGGGGAGACGCGGAGCUGCCCGGGGGAGCCCGCCAGUGCAGGAAGAGAGAAGCGCCGCCGCCGGACAGCAUCUGUCCGGGCGCACCGAGCCGUGGGUGGCUUUGCCCGUCUGGGGUGCGGGGAGGGCAGCGCGGUGCUCCUCGGCGGGGUGGGAGGGAGGCAGACAAAGUUCGGCGGCUGGCUGCCCUGGCUCGCCCGCAGCGGCCAUGGAGCCCAAGCACAAGGAGCUGCUCGCUCAGUGCCGCCAGAGCCUGGCCCAGUCCAUGACCGAGGUGGACAAAGUGAUCGAGCUGCUGGAGGCUGCUGGCACCCUGAGCCCCCGCGAUCUGCACGAGCUGCAGGAAGCCGCCGGAGGAGGAGCGGGGGGUGCCAGCAAGGCUGACCGGCUCAUCCAGCUGCUGCUGGCCAAGGAUCGGGACCAUUUCCAAGACCUGCGGGUGGCCCUGGAGAAAACGCAGCCUCACCUGCUUUCGAUCCUCUACCUGAACGGGGUGGCGGGGGCGCCGCCCGGAGAGACGGCUGGGUCCACUUACAGUGUGCUGUCCAUAAUGCCAUCUGAUUCCGAAAGUAGCAGUUCUCUCAGUAGCAUUGGUACGACAGGCAAAGCAUCAUCCCCACCACCUGUCUUAGACACAAGGCAGAUGAAUGAGAAACUAGAGACUAUUUUAUUUCAGCUCCGCCAGGUUACACGCGAGAGGGAUGAGUUACGCAAGCGCCUUGCACUUUCAUCUCCUGGAUCAACCUUUGAUGACUGCAGGCCUAGUCCAAAACCAAGUCAUGAUUAUGAAAGAUUGAAGAUUCAGUGUAUGAAAGCCAUGUCAGACCUACAGUCUCUACAGAAUCAACAUACCAAGACACUAAAAAGAUGUGAAGAAGCAGCCAAAGAGGCAGAUUUUUAUCAUACCUUGCAUAGUCGACUGCUGAGUGACCAGUCACAGUUGAAGGAGGACAUGGAUACCUUGAAGAGGAAGAAUACGCAGUUGGUGCGAGAGCAUAACCAUCUCCAGCAAUCCUGUGAGGAAAUGAAGAGACUUCAUGAUGAGGAUCAGAAAGAGAUAACAGACCUACGCAGCCAGCAACAGCAGGUUAUGAAACAGAAUGGAUCCUCAGAGAUACUAAAUAAACUCUAUGAUACAGCAAUGGACAAGCUAGAAGGUGUGAAAAAGGAUUAUGAUGCGUUAAGGAAACGGUACAAUGAGAAGAUAGCAAGCCACAAUACAGAACUUAGCCGGCUAGAACAGACUGAGGAGGAGAACAGGCGUCUUCAGAAGCAGAUUGACAUGUUAAUGAAACAGAGGGACACAGCAAUACAUGUCCAGCAGCAGUAUUCCUCCUCUCUUAGAAGGUUUGAGUCAAUUCAGCAAGAACUAAGCAAAGCAACUGCGCAGAACAAGGAGCUGCAGAGAGAGAUGGAGCGGUUACAAUCAGAAGUGACGCGGUUCAAAACAAUGCAGCUGAAGGCAGUGAAGGAUGCAGAGAAGUACAAGGAAGAAAGAGACUCUGUUUUCAAUGAGUAUCGCCUCAUAAUGAGUGAGAGAGACCAAGUGAUCAAAGAGGUGGAUAAACUUCAAACUGAGCUAGAGCUUGCAGAGUCCAAACUGAAAAACACUUCCUCAGAGAAAAGAGUGGCUAGUGAAGAGAUGGAAGCUUUAAAACAGGAGCUAAACUCAGCUCUAGUGGAAAGAGAUCGAGCAAUUUGUGAGAGGAAUGAGUUGCUGGAAAAGUACUGUCAUGAAGUGAAGGACAAGGCUGAGGCCCAGAAGGAGCUUGAUCAAGCUUGCAAGGAUAUAGAAACAGUGAAGGAAGAAAGAGAUGUUGCCAGGAAAGAGAGAACAGAAGCUAUCAUCCAGAGAGACCAUCUGCUAAGGGAAUAUUACCAAGCUCGUCAGAUCCAAGAUUCUGCUACACUGGACAUAGAAAGAGCUAACAAAGAAAUUGAAAUGCUUCGGAAGCAAUAUGAGGCCAUGUCACAGGAGCUAAAGGAAGCCGUCCAGGAAGCAGAAGUAGCCAAAUGUCGGAGAGAUUGGGCCUUUCAAGAACGGGACAAGAUAGUUGCAGAAAGAGAGAGCAUACGGACUUUGUGUGACAACUUGAGGAGAGAGCGAGACAGAGCUGUGAGUGACUUGGCAGAAGCUCUUCGCAAUCUCGAUGACAUGAGAAAGCAAAAAAAUGAUGCUAUGCGUGAACUGAAGGAACUAAAAGAGAAGAUGGAGAACCAGUUGGAAAAGGAAGCCAGAUUUCGGCAGUUGAUGGCCCACAGUUCUCAUGAUUCAGCUAUAGACACAGAUUCUCUGGAAUGGGAAACAGAAGUGGUGGAGUUUGAAAAAGACCGAGAGGAUAUGGACUUGAAAGCACUUGGUUUUGAUGUGGCAGAAGGUGUGAAUGAACCAUACCUCCCUGGAGACUGUGGGAUUUUUGUCACCAAAGUAGACAAAGGAAGUAUUGCAGAUGGUCGAUUAAGAGUGAAUGAUUGGUUGCUGAAGAUAAAUGACGUGGAUCUUACUAAUAAGGAUAAGAAGCAAGUUAUAAAAGCUGUACUGAAUGGAGGAGGAGUUAUUAAUAUGGUGAUUCGAAGAAGGAAGUCCUUAGGCGGGAAAGUGAUAACACCUCUGCACAUCAAUCUUGCUGGGCAUAAAGAUAGUGGAAUUAGUUUAGAAAAUGGAGUAUUUGCUGCUGCUGUUGUGCCCGGUAGCCCUGCUGCCAAAGAUGGGUCCCUUGCUGUGGGAGAUAGAAUAAUUGCCAUUAAUGGCAUUGCACUAGAUAAUAAAUCACUGACUGAAUGUGAAGCUUUGCUACGAAACUGUAGGGAUUCCCUUACCCUCUCAUUGAUGAAGGUUUUUCCUCAGAGCUCAUCGUGGAGUGGUCAGAACAUAUUUGAAAACCUGAAGGAUUCAGAGAAAAUAUCGAACUGCAGGGUUCAUACAUCAGAGAUACAAGUUCAGAAUAAAAGAAACCUGAAACACAACAGUUCAACACAGACAGACAUUUUCAAUGCAGACAUCUUGGAUGGCAAGAAGGACCAGAGUGACCAGGGGAGUGGUUCGUUCUGUGAUCACACACCCUUUUCCAGCCGUGCUUUACGGGCAGACUCUCGCAGGAAUGCUGUGCACAGCUGCCACAGUAAUUCAGAACACAGUCUUAGCUCCUUUAGUCCAGACGCUUAUGGGGAACGAGGCUAUGGACUUGUUGACUUGGAUGGCAGGAGGCUUCCAUUUGAGCCAACGGUAGCUGACUGCAUCAUGGUUGAGACCACCCUAGACAAAGGGCAUGGAGCUAAGCAUAGCGGUGGUACGUGGCCUAAAGUGAUGGUCAAUAUUUCAACAGCAGAAACUGAAAAGUUCUCUGUGUACAAAAAGCCAAAACAAAGGAAGUCCAUCUUCGACCCUGACACUUUCAAAAGACCACAGACUCCUCCCAAAAUGGACUAUCUCUCCACUAAUCAGGUGUCCACGCAUUCGCCUCAGCCCUCAAAAGCUGAAGUGACUUCAACUCCUCCAAUCCCUCCCAAGAGAAGUGACUCUAUUAAAUUUAAACAUAAACAGCAGACAAGUUCUGCAUCAGACUCUACUGUAACAACUGGAUCCCCACCUACCAGCCCAGCUACUGCCCACCCCCCAAUGUCAUUGGCACUUAAGCAGGACUCAGACACUCACAAGGGGCACAGCAGGAAUGCUGGGCAUUAUUACAGGGAGGAGGGGAUCGACUGCACUCAUCUAUCUUCAAGAAAAUCUUGUGAAGAUGACAUUGGCUUUCAAAGAGUUGAAGAGCCAGAGAUAAAAAGACCAAGACCAAAAUCGGCACCUGCUUUGAGACAUAAACUGACCCCUGUGCCCAUUCCUAAUCCUUCACUUCAGGUACAGAAAUACACUCCAGCCAGUGAAGAGCAUCUCUCUCCGGAGCUCCAGGAGUGGCCGCCGUAUUCCCCAAAACGUUCCACUAGGCACAGUGAUGGUUUUGUCUCUUCCUCCUUGUACACUGGAGCCAUGUCAGCAGGUACUGUACCAAGAAGUUUAGCACCAUGUCCUGCAGUAACUGCUGUCAUGAGAAAUCCAGUUUAUACUGCUUGGAGCCACAGAGUUCACACCAACAAUUGCCCGUCCGUUGCCAGCCAAAUCUGCCAUCAGCAUCUGCAUCCCAGUGCUCAGCACCAAGGUCGCCUGAGUUUGGACCUAAGUCACAAACACUCCAGUGAUUAUUCUGAAAAUUCACGGACAAGAGCUUCACAUGGUUCAAAUUCAUUACCAUCCAGUGCAAGACUUGGUUCUUCCAGCAACUUGCAGUACAGGACAGAAAGAAUUAAGAUCCCUUUAACCCCAAGGUAUCCAAGGUCCAUCAUUGGCUCCGACAGGGGUUCACUGUCACAUUCUGAAUGUAGCAGUCCCAGCCUGAUAACCCCUCCACAAUCACCACUGAACCUGGAAACAUCAUCUUUUGCCAGCAGCCAGUCACAGAACUCGCUUUCUACGUUACCUAGGAUUUCUAUUAGCCCAGUAUCAAUUGGAGAGCGUAGAAAAGAUAGGCCAUACAUGGAAGAACCACGCCAUGUUAAAGUGCAAAAGGGAUCUGAGCCACUAGGGAUUUCCAUUGUGAGCGGAGAAAACGGUGGGAUAUUUGUGUCUAAAGUAACUGGUGGGAGCAUUGCCCAACAAGCUGGUCUUGAAUAUGGUGAUCAGUUACUGGAGUUCAAUGGAAUAAAUCUGAGAAAUGCUACAGAGCAGCAGGCUCGACUGAUCAUUGGACAGCAAUGUGACACCAUUACUAUUCUGGCUCAGUACAACCCACAUAUGUAUCAACUUGGCAAUCACUCACGAUCGAGUUCUCGCUUAGAACCGGUCAGCAAUCAUUCCACUCCUCAAGGCAGUGGAGCUGCAACCCCUGACAAUCAUUCCAUAAUUGAUACUGUGAGCGAACAGGAUGAAGGAACAAUGACACCUCCAUCCAAACAAACCACACCUACAACUAGUCCCCGGAAUUCCAUGAGGGUCACUGUGGACACAAACAAGAGGACCCCUGAACCAAGAAAUGUUGUCAUUAAAAAAUCCCAAGUGGAGCUUGGAAUCCAGAUAUGUGGUGGAAACCUGCAUGGAAUAUUUGUGUCUGAUGUAGAAGAUGACAGCCCAGCAAAAGGACCUGAUGGACUAGUCACAGGAGACAUGAUACUUGAGUAUGGAUCUGUUGAUAUGCGAAAUAAAACAGCUGAGGAAGCCUACCUUGAAAUGCUGAAGCCAGGAGAAAAUAUAAAAGUAAAGACUCAGUACAGAAUAGAAGAAUUCAACAAGAUUAAAGAGUUACCUGGAGAUGGAUUCUAUAUCAGAGCACUUUAUGAUCGGCUGGCAGAGGUGGAACAGGAUUUAAACUUUAAGAAGGAUGACAUUUUGUAUGUUGAUGAUACUCUACCACAGGGGAACUUUGGUUGCUGGAUGGCUUGGCAGCUGGAUGAGAAUGCUCAAAAGCUAGAGAGAGGACAGAUUCCCAGCAAAUAUAUGAUGGACCAGGAGUUCUAUAGGAGACACAGUAUGUCUGAGGCUAAAGAUGAAAACAGCUCCACUAAGACUUUGUCAGCAGCAGCUCGAAGAUCAUUCUUUAGAAGAAAGCAUAAACACAAACGUAGUGGUUCCAAAGAUGGAAAAGAUUUACUGGCUCUUGAUACGAUCAGUACAGACUCCAUUCCUUUCUUGGAUGAUUCUGUGAGUCUGGCUUAUCAGCGUGUACAGAAGGUGCAUUGUACCUCUCCCAGGCCCGUACUCAUUCUAGGACCAUUACCUGAUGCUGUGAAGGACAUGCUAGUCAAAGAAUCUCCUGGAAAAUUUUGCAGAUGUCCUCUUGAAGUGAUGAAAGCUUCCCAACAAGCCAUCGAACGGGGAGUGAAAGACUGUUUGUUUAUAGAUUACAAACGAAGGAGUGGACAUUUUGAUGUGACAACAGUAGCUUCAAUAAAGGAGAUAACAGAGAAGGACUGUCAUUGUCUGUUGGACAUUGCUCCUCAUGCCAUUGAACGGCUCCACAGUGUUCAUAUCUACCCUAUUGUCAUCUUCAUUCGAUACAAAAAUGCUAAGCAAAUCAAAGAGCAAAAAGACCCAAUCUUUCUGAGGGACAAAGUUACACAAAAACAUUCCAAAGAACAAUUUGAGACAGCUCAAAAAAUAGAACAGGAAUAUAGCAAGUACUUCACAGGUAUUGUCCAGGGAGGAGCCCUUUCAAGCAUUUGCACUCAGAUUAUGACAACGGUUGAUCAAGAACAAAAUAAAGUCCUGUGGAUUCCAGCUGGCCCGCUAUAGAUACUUGCCAUGAAACUCUUCUACGGAUGUAACUAACAGUUGGCAUUUCUUUUUGUCCAAUGGACACUGUCCAUUUUUAUCUCUAUAGAGAUAUAAAUGAUUGAUUUAUGAAGGGGAUUGAUACACUGAACAAAAAAACAUCCAUAAAGCGUACUCGAAGAGAGGGAUCACUUUUUCAGAAGAACUUGGAUUUUAUGGUGUGCUUUUAUACAAAACAGAAUGGGAUAUAACGUAGGUGUACUUUUUCGUAAGAGAUUAAUUUAGUUAUGCUGCGAAACAAAAACCCUUUAGAAUGACAAGUUUACAAAAACCUUUUCCAAGUAUUUGGUUGUUGAUGUUUACUUGAAUGUCUUUUUUUUUUUUUUUUUUUUUUUAAGUUUCUUUCCUUUCCCCAAAUGAGGCAUAUCUCCAAAAUGGAGUGAUGUUUUUACAUAUGAAUGAAUGGUUGUGGGCAGUGUGAUUCUACCUUGCAAUUCUGACCAUUUCCAAGCACACUGACAUGACUACCGGAUAAUCACAUGGGUUUUGUGAACGGUACAUUUUGGGAGUGAGCUCAGAAGGGAGUGCACUCCUCUACAGGGCAGACCACUGUUGAUAAAAUACAAACGCUUGUCUGUCAAAGAUACUGUUUUUCGUUUUUAAGCAUGGAUCGAAUAUUUGAACAUCAUAAUAUAUCUGAUCAAUCUAAACUUAAUGUGUGUUGAGAAGUAAUUUUUGGUUGUUGGGCCUGGAUUAAAUAGAGAUGGGGAGAGUCAAUAGCUAGGCCUAGCAUAUGGUGUUUGUCACUUUCAGAGACUGUAAAUAUUGAAAGCUUAUGUUGGUGCAAUUUUGCAGGGUAAUUCUUAAGCAUUGUACUUCAGUGUGUAGCAUUCACAUAGAUUUUUAUUUAAUAUAAGAACAGUCACAGUUUUAGGGCUUUGAUUAAAAGCCUUUAGGGAGGUACCAUAAUUGUUAGUGUUGUCACUGUCAACAAAUAAGCAAUCGUUUACUUUUGGUUACAAGAAUUAUGUACCCAUUGUACCAAAUUCCAUUGUAUCAGUUCCUUUCUUGUUUUUGCACUUCUGAGUCUGUGUUCCUAACUCAAAAUUUGUUUUUAUCUCUCUUUAACUGUAUGUCAUGUUUGUAGAUACUGUACUUCAGCUGUUCUUUUGAAGUAGAACUGUUUCUCAGUGACUGUUCCUAACAUUUCAUUAUGUAGCAAGAAGUAUUUUGUAGUUUUACCCAACAUUGUGUAGUUUUGCUUUUAUUUUCAGUUUUUUAAUUAAAAAAGGGAUUCUUCUUGUACAGUUCUUCAAAGAAAAAUUUGGUCCUAAAAUUUAACUUCUGUUUUCCAGAUACUGUUUUAUAGUUCAAAAUACUUUUAAAAAAAUAAAUAUAGGAAAUGUAUUGAUGAAUUACUGGUAAAAAUACUUUACAUGUUGAGGGACAGCAGUUAUAUUUUUUUUAAGUUGAGAUCAGAGUUGGACUCCAGUGGUACAAUUGAAACGGACAGGUACAGUUCUGACUUGGAUUUUCUGUACUAAAAAUAAAAAUGUCACUUUGUAUUAAA